AGACUUGCUGCUAUAUAAUUGUAAUAACAUUGUAUGAAAUAAUACACCAAGCAUUCUUAAAAACUUUCAUAAUGUUCAAUUUUUUGAUAUCUAAACUCACUUUAUUGCAGCUGUUGUUUCUGAUUAUAGGGAUUGUUUUUAAGAACACAGGACCGCUAUCUUUGCGUGUUUGGUAUGACAGAGAUGGAAAUAAUUUGCCGAUUGAAGAGCGGACAGUAUAUGUGUUUAAGGCCAAAGGUAUUCGAAGAAUGACAGUUUAUGAUCCGGUUCCGCCAGCACUUGAAGCACUUAGCGGAUCAAAUAUAGAGAUUAUUGUUGGAGUACCGAAUCUGCAGCUGCAAUCUCUUCAGACUGCUGCUGGAGCAAGAACCUGGGUUCGAGAUAAUAUUCAGAAUUACAUGCCAGGAGUUAGGUUUCGUUAUAUUGCUGUCGGAAAUGAAGUUGAUCCUAACAAUCCUGAUACUUCCGAAUAUGUUGGUCUUGUCCUUCCCGCGAUGAAAAAUGUGCAUGAUGCAAUUGUGGCAGCAGGGCUGCAAAAUCAAAUUAAGGUUUCCACCGCGACAUACUUGGCUGUCACCAGUGGUUCUCCUCCGUCACAGGGUUCGUUUAAAGAGAACGCGAAAGAGUUCAUGGAGCCAAUUAUUCGGUUUUUAGCCCAAAACAAUCUGCCGUUGCUGGCAAAUAUUUAUCCGUAUCUUAGGCACCUAGGAACUCCUCAGGGUGAUCCUCGGUAUUCUCAGUUGACAGAACGCGAUGUGGUUCUAAAAGAUCCGGUUGAUGAUCGUCUAUACAAGAACCUAUUCGAAGCAUUGUUGGAUACUUUGUAUUCGGCUGUUGAGAGGUCAGGAGGUCGUAACAUCGAGAUUGUGGUGUCAGAGAGUGGAUGGCCUUCUUCGGGUGAUUUAGAUGCAAGUCCGCAAAAUGCAGAAACUCAUUUGAGGAAUUUGAUGAAACAAGAUCGAACAAAGGGGACACCAAAGAGACCGGGGAAACCUGUAGAAACUUACUUGUUUGCAAUGCUUCGCGAAAACCUUCAUGGAGGAUCAGAGACUGAGAGACAUCUUGACCUAUAUUUAGCAAAAAAAGAGAAAGAAAGGAAAUUGGGCAUUAAAACCCCAAUCAAGAACCCAAUUUUCAACUCAUUUUUCUUAUUAUAAAUGUUGUAUAAUAAAAACAAGGCUAAAUACGAAGGUUUAGAACCAAAAAUAAAC